GUCCAUUGUAAUUAUUUGAAAAAGCUUACCUUUCAGCUUGUUGGCUCCUCGUAACUGGUCGAUGAUGCUGGCACUGUUCCUAACCAUAAUAUCGUAUCAAGGCUCGUUGCAAUUCUACCAAAAUACGAUGCCGGCACCUGCUCCAAUGAUGGCUCCCCCGAUGAUGCCGCAGAUGUUCCCCAUGAGUGCUGACAUGAUGUAUCAGGUCCUCCCAGCCAUCACCCGCAUGUUCAACCAGCCCCCCUCCAGCCACCGAGAGAGAAGUCAAAGCAGGAAGCGAUACAAAUCCUCAUCUGAAAGCGAAGAGUCUGACAAACCCUGCGCUUGCGACUGCAUGACUUGCAGUGGAACUGCUGACUGCUGCAGGCAACUGUGCACCAAUUGCGGUGAUCAGAACAGCGUCGUAUUCGUACCCUUUCCGUACCCAGUGCCAGUGCCGCCACCAAGUAUGGUGCCCCAAGGAAACGGCCUUGUGCCAGUAGACAUUGCAACGGAGAAGAACCUUAAAAAUGAUUUACAUGAGGAGGGGACGAAAGCUGCGGAGCCCACUGAGCUUACAUCAUCUACACCUACAACCAUCUUCACUGAGACUUAUGCCUCAGAACCACCAAUGAAAUUGAGGGCACUUGGUAUCAAUAAUAACUGCAAAGAAGGAGCUACAUGCAAUAGUUACAGUAACAAUAAAGAGGAUCUAAGGCAAGGAAGCUUGCCGGUAAGAAAACUGGACAAGAGCAUUUUCGAUUUCAACAACGAGGAGUACAAAAUGCCUCCCAAAAAGUUUAUUGAUGAAUUAGUGAACGCUGAAAUGGACAUGCUGGAAGAAGAGCGAAAAUUGAGAAAUUUGUUGAGCAAUUUUGAUAACGAAGUUCAGCAUUGACAUAGGCACACAAGAUGUAAAUUAUGACUUAUGGUUAAGUAUGUGAUUUAGGUAUUAAGGGUUAUGUGGUGAUAAAGUGCAUGGAAAACGUAUCCCUACCUACACACUAUGUUUUGUUAUUCUUUUUUAUCUUAAUUUUUUACAUAAGUUUUAAGUACAAGUCGGUAUUAUACAUAAUUAAAUUAUUGUUUUA